GCACGUUGACAUAAAUCUCUUCAUUCUUUAACGAACUAACUAAGCCUUCCUUCCUUUCCCGCUUCGCUUUGCUGUCUCCUUCUUCUCGCUCCGCUUCCCGUGAAAUUCUCAUCACUCUCUCACACUCACACGAUUCAUCUUUUCUUUAUUCAAAUCUCUCUCUCUCACCGCACACACUCACAAUGCCAUGUCGUCCACCACUCCUCCGCUGAAUCCCGACCAAUGCGAUCCUGCGCCGGGGUCUCCGUCAUCGCCCUCCGGCAAAGGUAAGCUCCAGAAGAUUCCACCGAUUCCGAUUCGACGGAGAAAGGUAUCAUCAUCAUCAUCAGCAGCAGCAGCAACAACAACACACGCAGGCAAUGGCGAUGAAGAGCAAGAGGAAGAUUCUUCUUCCAUCUUGCUCGCCUCGUCUCUUGGGCUCAAUCACAUUCGAACGCGUUCUUCGUCUUCUCCUCUUCGCUAUUCCUCCUCCCUUGGCGCACCUUCCUUCUUGACACAGGAUGCUGUCACUAUUAAUGAUGUCAGACUUAGAUCCAAAUCUAAUAAUUCCCAUCCAAGAAAAGACCUAGGGGGAAAAACUCAUUUGGGUCAAUCCAAAUCGAUGAGACCUCAUUCGCAACUCAUUCCCGUGUUAGAGGGUCAUCAUGCAGCUUUCACCAAAGAAAUGCAAUCCCCACGUUUUCAGGAAAUCCUGCGACUUACCAGUGGACGCAAAAAGAGAAACCCUGAUAUUAAAAGCUUUUCCCAUGAACUCAACUCCAAAGGAGUUAAACCAUUUCCAAUCUGGAAACAUCGUGCCUUUGGUCACAUGGAGGAAGUUAUGGCGGCAAUCAGAGCUAAGUUUGAAAAAUUAAAGGAAGAAGUUGAUUCUGACUUGGGUGGUUUUGCUGGAGAUUUGGUGGGCAUUCUUGAAAAGAAUUUACUGUCUGAUCGUGAAUGGAAAGAGAGGUUGGAGGAUCUGUUGGUUGUUACUCAACAAUGCGCAAAGAUGACUCCUACCCAGUUUUGGAUCAAAUGUGAAUCUAUUGUUCAAAACCUAGAUGACAAACGUCAAGAAUUACCAGUGGGGAUACUCAAGCAAGCUCAUACACGCCUACUGUUUAUUCUCACUCGUUGCACUCGCCUAGUGCAAUUCCAGAAGGAAAGCGGAUAUGAACAAGAUCACAUUCUGAGUCUUCACCAAUUCAGCGAUCUUGGGGUCUAUCCUGAGCAAAUUCUGAAGGCUGCACAGCAGAAAUCCAGUAUUCCACCUGCUGGACAUGAGAUGCCUGAGAAACAGUUAAAAAUAUCACAUGGUAAAGAGAAAGACAAACCAAUAACAGAACAAAGUCAAGCUGAUCAACAGGUAAGUGUUGCGAUUGACAAUGGGGAGGUUUCUACAGCCAAAAGUAUUGAAUCAACUCCUGGAAGCUAUAGAAUGUCUUCUUGGAGAAAGCUUCCAUCUGCUGCUGACAAAAGGCGAAAAGGUCAAGAUGCUGUAGAUUUCCCAUCCAAAGGUGAACUGGAUCACUUGCUAGUCAAAGAUGAAAAUUCUGAAAAUUUGGAUACUUUGUCAUGUCAUCCUGAACAUUUACAAUCAUCAUCAAGAGCGCAGAAGGUUUCUUGGGGAUUGUGGGGAGACCAGCAAAAUCUUACAUACGAGGAUUCAAUGAUAUGCAGGAUUUGUGAGGUUGAAAUACCAAUUGUACAUGUGGAGGAGCAUUCUAGAAUAUGCACAAUUGCUGAUAGAUGUGAUUUGAAAGGCUUAACUGUAAAUGAACGGCUUGAAAGAGUUUCUGAAACCAUUGAAAAAAUACUGGAAUCCUGGACACCAAAAAGCACACCAAAAAGCACUGAUACUCCUGGAGAAAGCUUCGAGCUUGCUGCAGUGUCAACAUCAAGUGUGCAUGAGGAGUUCAAUGAUUUAUCUCUAGAGAGAAAUAACCUGACUUGUAGAUGCUCUGAAGACAUGCUUGACUCUACUGCGGAGCAUGACAAUACUUUUGUCAUGGAGGAUCUGAACCUUUCACCCGAAAUAUCAUGUGAAGUACACAUCUGCUUAAAACCUGAUCAUGGAACAAAGGUAUCUUCUGCUGGAAGCUUGACACCGAGAUCACCAUUGGUAACACCACGAACCACACAGAUAGAAAUCUUACUAGGAGGACGAAGAACACUAUCUGAACUUGAAAGUGGUGACCAGAUAAGCAAGCUAGUUGAAAUAGCCCGUGCUGUUGCAAAUGUGAACAACUGUGACUACAGUGCUCUGGAGUAUAUGCUUGAUCGCUUAGAAGACCUGAAAUACUCUAUUCAAGACAGAAAAGUGGAUGCACUUAUUGUGGAGACUUUUGGACGACGAAUAGAGAAACUUUUGCAGGAGAAAUAUAUAUCUCUCUGUGGGCAGAUAGAAGAAGAAAAGGUGGAUUCAUCAAUUGGUAUGGCUGAUGAAGAGAGUUCAGUGGAAGAUGAUACAGUCCGUAGCCUUCGUGCUAGCCCUAUUAAUGCUUGUUCCAAGGACCGAACCUCUAUUGAAGACUUUGAAAUAAUAAAACCAAUAAGUAGGGGUGCAUUUGGACGAGUUUUUCUUACCCGAAAAAGAGCAACUGGUGAUUUAUUUGCUAUAAAGGUUCUCAAAAAGGCAGAUAUGAUCCGUAAAAAUGCAGUUCAAAGCAUUUUGGCAGAGCGAGACAUCCUUAUAUCGGUUCGAAACCCUUUUGUGGUCCGAUUUUUCUACUCUUUCACAUGUAGGGAAAAUCUUUAUCUAGUUAUGGAGUAUUUGAAUGGUGGAGAUCUUUAUUCUAUGUUGAGAAAUCUAGGUUGCUUAGAUGAAGAUAUGGCUCGUGUAUAUAUUGCUGAAGUUGUUCUUGCAUUGGAGUAUUUGCAUUCCUUAAAUGUGAUUCACAGAGACUUGAAGCCAGAUAACUUACUGAUUGGUCAAGAUGGUCAUAUUAAGUUGACAGAUUUUGGGCUCUCUAAGGUUGGUCUUAUCAACAGCACAGAUGAUUUAUCAGCGCCAUCUUUUUCCAAUAAUGAUUUCCUAGGAGACGAUGAACCAAAACCUCGACAUUCUUCAAAAAGGGAAGAGCGUCAAAAACAAUCAGUAGUUGGCACCCCGGAUUAUUUGGCACCUGAAAUACUUCUUGGCAUGGGACAUGCUGCAACAGCAGAUUGGUGGUCCGUGGGUGUCAUACUUUAUGAGCUUCUUGUGGGUAUUCCACCAUUUAAUGCAGAACAUCCACAGCAAAUUUUUGAUAACAUAAUUAACAGAGACAUACAAUGGCCCAAGAUUCCUGAGGAGAUCAGCUUUGAAGCAUAUGAUUUGAUAAAUAAAUUAUUGAAUGAAAAUCCAGUCCAAAGAUUAGGUGCAACAGGAGCUACAGAAGUUAAACGCCACGCUUUCUUCAAGGAUAUUAAUUGGGAUACCCUUGCAAGACAGAAGGCUAUGUUCAUUCCAACGGCUGAAGCUCUCGAUACAAGUUAUUUUAUGAGCCGGUACAUUUGGAAUCCCGAGGAUGAACAUUGUCUUGGAGGUAGUGAUUUUGAUGAGAUUACUGAAACAUGCAGCAGUGGUUCAGGCAGCGAUUUAUUAGAAGAAGAUCAGGGUGAUGAAUGUGGUAGUUUAGCAGAGUUCAGUGGUCCACCUCUUGAAGUGCAGUACUCAUUUAGUAAUUUCUCAUUUAAGAACUUGUCUCAGCUGGCUUCUAUCAAUUAUGAUCUGGUGAUUAAGAGCUCCAAGGAAUCAACUCAAUGACUCCAACCCAUAUAUUUCAUGACGUUGCUAAAGCGGAUUAUAAGUUUCUCCAAGGGCAAUGCUCUAAUAAUAGAUGGAUUUCCAGAGUAAAAAAGUAUUGGCAUGUUCAAUAGUAACUCUAGUAUUGUGUACUCUUUACUACUGUAUUGAAAUCAUUUUAGAUGCAACGUGAUGUGGUUCGCUAGCUGUUUUUUUUGUUACCUUUCAGUUUAGAAUGUCAAUUAUUUAUUCAUUCUAGGAUUUGAUAGAUAGUGACUACUAUAAGUAGUAAUGUUCUAUCGUUGCUCACAGUAAAUAGUAGUAGUAUUAUAUUCAUACACUCA